UUCUAAAAAAUCCGUUUGAGAAAAAAAAAAAAAAAAAAAAAAAAUGAUGAAAAAUAGUCGGACCUCCCUCCCCCCCUCAAUUACCGCGCGCUCGCCUUUUCUCGUCCCGGAAAAUUGUGAUGGACGCUUAACUGCAGUCACCAGUGAAACAAACAACCUCCAGCGUCAAACUGUCAGCAGAAAAACUGGUUUUUACCCUAUCAAAUGAUGCGACCUACCUGUAUCCUAGAGAAGGUGUGAAAAAUAGUGAAGCAAAAGGAGACCUGGAGGAAAUACAUAGAUUUUUAUGGUUAAGAUUGGUACAAGCAAAUGUGAAAACCCAAUCUUCAAUAAUGCAACAAGGGUUGUUAAGAAUAGAAUGAACAGUUCGAACUCCUCUUCUGUAAGUGUUCGUGGAGUUGUUAAUGCAAUGACUAACAUGAGCACGUCUCCAAUGUGUGCAAACAUGCUUAGUGAUGAUAUGAGUGAAUCCAGUUCACCAGAUAGCCCUCAUUUUGAUGAAACAGAUCUACUUGCAAAUACUAUGAAUGAUGACGUAACCACUCAAUUGGCUGCUGCUGGACCUAUUGGUGUUGCUGCAGCUGCUGCAAUUGUUACUGGAAGGAAGCGUCGGCGAAUGCAUAGUUUUGAAACAAAUCCUUCUAUUCGACGUCGGCAACAAACAAGGUUACUCAGAAAACUACGGUAUAUUGUUGAAGAAUACUCAACACGUGUAGGGCAACAAGCAGUUGUACUUUGUUGUACUCCCGGCAAACCUAACCAAAGUUACCAGUCUUUUAAAGUGUUUGGUUCUCAGCCUUUAGAAACAGUGGUUCGCAAUUCUAAAGGAAUUAUUAUGCAAGACUUGGAAUCAGUACUGGCACAACAAGCACCACCCUCACAACAAGAAGAUCCAAAUUUACACAAAUUACCACCUCUUGUUAUAGAUGGUAUCCCAACCCCUGUAGAUAAAAUGACCCAGGCUCAAUUACGUGCUUUUAUACCUGAAAUGUUAAAGUAUUCAACCGGUCGCAGUAAACCUGGAUGGGGUAAAAUAGAAUAUAGGCCUGUUUGGUGGCCUGAUGAUGUGCCAUGGGCAAAUGUACGCAGUGAUGCCCGUACUGAGGAUGAAAAGCGUAAAGUAUCAUGGACACAUGCUUUAAGACAAAUUGUGAAGAACUGCUACAAAUAUCAUGGUCGGGAAGAUUUACUCCCUGAAUUUACUGAAGAGAAUCCCGCGUCUCCUCCUCAGCAGUAUACAGGGACUAUGGUGCAGACAAUCAACAACCCUGAUGGUAGUGUUUCCAUUAUUCAAAUCGAUACUGGUACACCAGGAAGUGCUGUAGUUACAUUACCUGAUGGAACACAAGCUACUGUUGUUCAUGCUGUGCCUGACAAUCCUCAGCAGGAGGCUACGCAAGCUGUCCAAACACUGGCAGAUGUUGCUACCCACCAAGAAGCAAAUACAGGUAUUGGUCAUCCAACCCCAGUCCGGGUUGAAAUGAACAGUGAUAGUGACACACCUACUGUAGCAACCUUAGCUGAGGCCACAGUCAAUCAUGAUGGACAAAUUAUAUUAACUGGAGAUGCUACUUUAGGUGGUAUAGUAACAUUUCCCGUUUCUAUGUUUCACAACAUGACUGCAUUCAAGACUACAGAUCUUCAUGGACCGAACAAUUAUCGUAUAGCAACAGUUACUCAAAGCCAGGACAAUGAAUUGUCACAUCAAAACAUUGAUGACAAUAAUCACCUUUCUAUCACCAAUUCAGAUGGAACUGUUGCUAAUGUCACAAUGGAAGUAAUGACCGUUGACCAAUCCUGACUGUCAGCGGAAUGGAAUGACUUUAUUCUAUCUGUGAUAUACUUCCAUCUAGUCUUUUUCUCUUUUUCCAUCUCCAUGCUACUUUAUGUAGCUAAUGGACAAUUGUACAAGCAAGCAAAUAAGCAAAUCAACUAUACAUUGAUUCAACAGCUCACAUCUUCAUUAGUCCAUUUUCCCAUCCAUCCAUUCUUCUUUGUAUCGGUUCAUCGCUAGUAUUUUUAUAUUUGUGGAUAAGCAUUCCUAUUAACUUCCGAUCAACAUACUAUGUCUGGAUAUUUUGGGGUUGUUUUCUAUUAAAUAUUCUAGGUGUUCCAGUCUGCACUUCAGGCCUGUGAACAAAGAUAAUCUAUUAGAUUUCUCUGAUACUGACAGUCUAUUAGCCUGAUUUUUCAGUUCUGUUUUACAUUAUUGCUACUGGUUUCUCUCUUCUAGAAUACUUUAUUCUUUGAUUUGUUCUUACCAUAGUGUCUUAUUAUGUUGGUGUCUAUUGUAAACAUUUUUCUCUUUUUACAUACAUUACAAUAUUUAUAUUACAGUUACUUACACACAAUUUUCCACACAUUUAUAUGUAUAUAUAUAUAUAUAUAUAUAUAUAUAUAUAUAUAUAUAUAUAUAUAUAUAUAUAUAUAUAUAUAUAGCAUACAUACACUACAUAAUUAACAAUUAAAAAUGUCUUCUAUUCACUGCCAGACCAAAAUCUGAAAUGGGCUGUGAAAAUUCAUACAUCAUAUAGUCACAUAAACAGAUUAAUUAUUAUUAAUCAUGUAACAAUAUUUUUUUUUGUGUAAUGUCCUUCUGUUAUUUAUUUGAUAAUUGAUUAUUUCUCCACAUUGAUUUUGUUUUACCUUAAGAACUUUACAAGUUCAGUUUUCUUCUGUAGAAGUCUUAGAGGCAUUUUGGUUUCAUUUUAAUCUAAAAUGUAGCUUAAAUAUUUUAAUAUCCUAUCUGAUGCCGACAUAUUUUGGUAUAACCUGUUCCAUAUAUGGAAGAAAAUAGGGCUACGGUUACUUUGAAAGUGGAUAGGGAAGCUCAUGUUCAAAAUCACAUCCCCAUUGAUAUGACCAACAGAGCUAGUGUGGUGUAAUAGAUGGCACUCACACAUUAUAGACUGUGUUGAAAUGGGGGAAGAUUAAUAUGAGAUGAGGACUUACAUGGGAACAAAUUUGAUGACAUUGUUGUUAAAUCUACAACCAUCUCACAUUAGCAUGAUUGAGAGAAUGUGUGUGAAGAAUGGAAGGCUGAAUGUCUGUUUAAGAUGUUUUCCUUAUCUGUUUCACAUUAAAUUUAUUGUUGUUGGAGUCUUGACUCUUUUUAUAAACUAAGUAAUGGUUUCUAUGAAUAGAUUAUUAUUUCUUUUUUACAUUGUAUUACAAUUGUCUGUGCAGUUUUGUAGACAUGGAGGCUAUGGAAUUUAAGAGACUUUGAAGCUACUGCUUGCUGCUGCUCUUUGAGUUUAGCAAACUGGAAUAAUGUGAUCAGCUGUUGGAAUCUUCUGAAAAUAGCUUAUUAAUGAAAUCUAUUUAAAUGAUAUUAAUAUUUUUUGUUAUUUUUCUUUUAACAGCUGAGCAAGGUGUCAAAAAAUUUAAUUUGAAAUAGUCACACUUGAAAUAUUAAAGCUUAUAGCAUAUGAACAAAUUUUAAAAGUCCUUAAGAUAUUGCCCUUAUGAAUAUUGCUUUUUAAAAUUUUAUUCUUAUUUAAUUUAUCUGUGAAGCUGAUCAUUUAAAAUAUUUUUAACUUCUUCAAUUGAAUUAUCAAUGUAAGUGAAAAUAUUUUUCAUCAAUUUCAGUGUACUAAGAACUAAAAUAUAAUUUUUCAUUUGAACUUUAACAUCUAAAGAUUAUGAAUAAUAAACAGCCUGUGACUUUACAAUGAUGUAAGGAUGUUCUUGUCCCUGUGAUAGUGUUUGACAAUGUCAAAUAUCUUACUGAAAUAUUGGGGUAAUUCUCAAGUUCAGUAAGAAAUGUCAACAACACUAAAAAUGAUCGAUUCUUCGUUACCUUUAUGGUAACAUGCUUUACGUGCAGUUUUAAUUGCUACAGAUCAGGGGCAAUCAGCUUGGUGGUGGCCAUCCUUCUUCAGUCCAUUGAUUACAUAUGAAGAUUGUAGAUACAAAGAGUAAAUAAUGUAAAAUAGCUCGACAAGAAAACGAACUAAACAUGCUCAAAAUAGCAGCCAAAUCUCCCUUAAAUCACAUCUUAUCGUCUUAGAAAAAGGGCACAAAUUGAUGUAGCCUGAUGCACACUACACCUGAAAAUAAGAUGGGCUGGACAUGGUUGGCAUGCCAAUGAUCAUAGGCCUUGCUUGAUCAGGGCAGACCACAACAACUUAUGUUGCAGGUCCAGCUUACUGAGAUGUUAACUGACAUUCUUCAAAAUUAAUCUGUUCCUCUCAAUGUUAGUGUAGAUUUUGUAAUGUAAUGAAUAUUGUUUCAUAAUUUUAAUGGUCUUUUUUUUUUUCUUUUUUUUUCAAACAAAAAAUUGAACUUAUAAGCAGUUAAUGUGCCUUAGUAUAAUCAAGAAAAUAAUUUUACUAGAAUUCCAUAUUUAGAGCAUUUGUUGUUUACUAUAGAAUUAUUAUUUUUUAUUUUAUUCAAAGACUCUCAGACUUUUAUGUCAAAAAUUUGGUUGUGUUCAAUAAAAACUGUUAAUAUUUUAGAAGAAAAUAGGGUGGUGAGCUGGCAGAAUCGUUACCAUGCCACACAAAAUGCUUGGUGGUAUUUUGUCUGUCUUUACGUCCUGAGUUCAAAUUCUGUUGAAGUCGACUUUGCCUUUCUUCCUUUCAGGGCCAAUAAAAUAAAGACUAGUUGAUCAGUGGGGUCGAAACAAUCAACUUAACUCCUCCUUGCAAUUACUGGCCUUGUGCCAAAAUUUGAAACCAAUAGUUUAGAAGACAAAUCACCAAAAAUAGGUUUGACUAUAUUUCUUUCACAUUAAUUGUACACAAGAUAUAGUUUGAAUAUUGAAAAAUUAGACUGACCUAAGAUACGUGAAACUAACUGCAUCAUAAAUUUAAAAUAGAAUAAAUUAAAGAGAAAGAAUUUCAUAGAAGUGAAAGUCAACAUCAAAAUAUAACUGCUCUUCCACACUUAUAUUAGAAGGUGAUAUUUAUGCAUGUAUUUAAAAUGUUAACUGUGUUUGCAUUCACAUAUGAAUACAUGCAUAACAUUUCUUGCCAUUUCUGAGCAUAUGUGGAAUAUUAGGAUAUUUUGAGAAUUUUUUUUACUGAAUAUCAAUCUAAUUCAACCAGUGUUUUUUUGGAAUUUAUUAAAAUAAAAUAUACAAAAUGAGACAAAUUGCCUGUCAAUGUUUUUUUUUUUUUCCUAACUUUCCCCCACAAAAAUUAUAUCUAGCUCAGUUUUUCAAUUUUAGUUAAAAUGUCCAAAUUUUUAAAAAUGAUAAAAAUAUUGAUUAAAAAUUUUUUUUACUGUUCUUACAUUCUUUUUGAAGUUAUUAAUAUUAAGAAAUUGUUUUCAAAACUCAUUAGCAAUGUUUAACAACAAUCACAAACCUAUUUUAAUGGCAAUAUUAAUGAUAGACUUCAGGAAAAUCAUUGAAUUAGGGGAUAGAUUUAGUAAUUUUUCUUGCAAUCAAAUAGAAAUUGCUAAAUGAAAUAGCCCAGAAAUAAUCUUUACAUGUUAGUGCACAAUGAGUCCUUCUCAUUGUGAUUUUCAGAGAUGCAAUAUAUAUCUUCUAAAUAGUAAAGAUUUAUCAUUUCUUUUCCUGUUAAAAACAUUGAAAAUAUAAUCUGCAAUUAGUUUCAUGAUCUGAAAACUUUUAACAUCAAAUUAGGGUGAAUGUUCACUCUAGCUAUUAACAGUUUUUAAAUAAAAACUUUUAGAAAAUAUUCUGUAAUUCUACAAGUACUUAAUUAGAUGUUGUUAAUACUUAACUCCUAAAUGAAUAUUUUCCCACCUGAUCUGAAAAAUUAUAUUGGUUCUUACAAAGCGUCGUAUCUGGUACUUACAACGAAAUUAUUUAUUUCCAUCAGGUGAUUUUUAGAAUAGUCCAUAAUAAUAAUAAUGAUAAUGAUUAUUAUCAAUAUUUUUAUUAUUUGCCUUAAUCCUAAUUGUUUUUAUUCAAUGUUGAAAAUUCUUGUUACUUCAUUCUUUAAACCUGGUUUCGUGUACAGCUGUUGUGAACUGUCCUUGUGAUUUAGACAGACAAAUUCCAAAUUAAGAUUCCAUAUCAGUAAAUUUAUGCAGAAGGUGAUCCUAUUGUAUUUUAGUUUCUAAGCCUUCUUUUGUAUAACUAUUUUUGUUUGUUCUUUUUAUAUGUUUUUUUUUUUUUUUU